UUUUUUUUAUUAUUCUUUUCUUCUCUUUUUACUUCAUCCUUUCCGAAAAAAAAAUACAUACAGCUAUCAACAAUGUCGAGUAAAGUUCAAAAGAUUAUGGUUCAACCCAUUAAUCUUAUCUUCAGAUACUUGCAAAAUAAAUCACGAGUACAAAUCUGGUUAUUUGAAAAGUCGGAUAUGAGAAUUGAAGGACAAAUCAUUGGUUUUGACGAAUUCAUGAAUUUGGUACUGGAUCAAGCUGAAGAAGUGUUAACAAAGGAAAAAACAAGACGUCCUAUUGGUCGAAUCAUGUUACGAGGCGAUAAUAUCACUCUAAUUCAAGCUGUAGCAAACGACAAUUAGAUAUAGAUCUCACUACUCUCUUUUCCCCUUUACUUCUUCAUCUUUUGCGAUUCUUAUUCUUUGAAAUAGUUUAUCUCCAACUUAUCCAUUCAUCCAAUUUUUUUUUUUUUUUACACGCAAGACAAUUUCUUGUCAUUUAUCUAUUACCACCUCUCAUUUUUUUUUAUUUCUCUUGUUUUAUUGUUACCGGCUGAUUUACUAUAUAUAUGACAAUAAAAAAAAAGUGUGAACAAAACCAA